AUGAUUGGUGCUUACGAAUUCACCACAAACACUCCUGUUCGUCUUGAUGAUAAUCAUUGUCAAGUAGUUCAAGAUGUAGCAUUGCUACGUUCCAGUCCUCCUUUAUCUCCUUUUAUUAAAGGAACUACAAAUAGUGAAAUCGUGACUGAACGAUGUGUAAUUGUCCAACGUAACAACGAAGGUUACGGCUUUACAGUAACCGGAGUUAUUCCAUUCUAUGUUGAUACAGUCAAGAAGAGUGGGCCAGCUUACUGUGCUGGUGUACGUGAAGGAGAUCAGAUCUUAAAAGUUAAUGGAAUGCCUGUAUCGAAAAGUAAUCAGCUGGACGUUAUCCGUAUGAUCUCAGGCGGUCAGAAUGUUGUUUUAACUCUCUUAGGGAAAACCCCUAAUUGUGCAUUGUUAAAUACAAGUGAACUAGCUGAAAGUUCAAUCAAUGUUGGCAGCCAUCUAACUAAAAUAGCCGAUUCUGUCAUUGGGGAAGAAGAUAAUCGCAUUGAGCCAGGCCAAUUGCAACAUAAACGUUUUGAUCCAGUAAAACAACUAGGAGAAUAUUCCGAAAUGAGUGAUCGUAUAUGGACGGAGAAACAUAAUCUCGAUCCAUUUUCUAAUCUUUCUUCGCUAAAAGCACAUCCAGCCUAUUUAUCCGUAUUUGUCAAAUAUCUUAUCUCAAAGAAAAAUCCAAGCAGUCUGUUUUAUUAUCUCAUUACGGAUGCCUAUCAGAAUAUAGAUGGCUCAAAUCGUGAUGUCAGACGAUGGGCUUUCGAAAUAUUCACAACUUUUAUUGUUCCUAAUUCACCGUUAUGCUUUCCUAAUAUUGAUCAGAAUAUAAUUCAACCAAUUGACAAGAUUCUUGCUUUAACGAUGGAACAAAUUACGGAUUCUGAUAUUAUUUUACUUAAAAGGUCAUUUGUACCUGGUCGACAGCGUGCUGUUCAGAAUAUUAAUGAAGACUUACAAGCAUUCAAAGAUGUUCGACAAGCAGAAUUGGAUUUAACAAUGGAUGCCAAUCAACUGACUCUAUUAUUACGAGAUUCUUCAGUAGAUUCUCAGAUCGGAGAACAGAUUCUGAUGCAUCUCUUAGAAAAUAUGAUUACGACUGAUUUAGAAACAGCGAAUACUAAGCACUUAUCGAUUGUAGCAAGUUUAGCCACAUGCAUAAGACUUAUAUUUGGUAAAGCAUCAACAACUGCAUGGGAUAAACUUCUAGAUAGAUGUUCUCAGUUUUUGUAUAAGGAAAAGAGUGGAAAAAUUAAAAAACCUUUAGGAAAUACACGAACGAAAGUACAAAUAAAAGGACAUGUUUUUCAAAUGCAUACUGUUAAUACAGUACACUAUUGCUAUCAUUGUCGUGAUGUCAUAUGGGGUAUGCAGCCAUGGAUUUAUUUUUGUACAAAUUGUGAUGUCAAAAUUCAUUUGGCUUGUUCUACUAGUCUCACCGAUUCUUGUUAUCCUGCAUCACAGAAAAAUAAAACGGCUAAGCAAUCGAGAAAACCUGGCACGAUAACAAAAUCCGAUUUGUCUGAAAGCGAUUUACGUGUUGAUUCAUCUCGGACUACAAUACCGGAGCAAAGUACAAUAUCUGAAAAAAACAUUGUCAGUCGGUCACAGAGUGUCCGUGGACUAGCUAUUUCAUCCACUAAGCAAGUACCAGAUAGAUGUAAAAGAGAACAAUCUUGGUGGGGGGCUGAUUUAUUGCCAGCUGACGUCAAUGAUUCUGAUGAGAUGGAUACUGGAUCUGAACCAAGGGGGGCCAUUGAAGUAAUGAAAAUGCCUAUGGAUCUAGAAAGCGUCAGUUCAAGUCUUUCUCACACUAGCACUACGGACAUUGAAUUCCGAAAAAUCGUCAAACGUAUGCUAGAAGACAAUGAUUUGGACAUGCUUGUAGAAUCAGAAACUCCUCCCUUAGAAGUUUUACUGGGAUGGGACGUGGUUAAACUAUUAAAACCUAAAGAAAAGAAAAGACAAGAUUUCAUAAACGAGUUAUUCCAUACGGAAAGAACACAUUUACGGAAUCUUAAAAUUCUUUGGAAAGUUUUCUAUCGUCCCAUGACAUCUCAAAACAUUAUAUCAGCGGAGUUAGCAAGGCUUUUAUUCUCAAAUCUAGAAGAAGUUAUUCAAAUUCAUACAAGUAUCAAUGAAAAGAUGAUGGAAGCUGUAAAUUUGUUUAAACGAGACCAUAACUUGAAUGGGUUGUAUGGAUCUGUUGGUUCAUUAUUGGAAAGCAUAUUUGAUGGAGAUCAUGGUGAACGGCUCACACAAAUAACGUCAGUCUUCUGUCAACAUCAACAACAUGCUCUACAGCUUCUUCGAUCAAAACUAGAAAAUAAAAAGGAUAGGGAGGAGAAACUCAUCAGAUUUCUUAUGGUUGCCGAAUCGUUUAGUAUAUGUCGUAAACUACAAUUACGAGAUAUGCUACCUGUAGAGAUGCAACGCUUAGUCAAGUAUCCUUUGUUGUUGGAAGGAAUAGCGAAGUAUACUCAAGAGCCUAGUGACGAGUCGGAUAGUAUUCAAAAUUCAAUAAAAGCAUCAAAAAAGGUUUUGAUGGCUGUCAAUACAGCUAAGCGAAAUGCUGAGAAUCUUCGACGUCUCCAAGAACUUCAGUCAAGAGUCGAUACAACGCCAUUUGAUAAAGAAUUUGGAAGUCAUGACUAUUCAUAUCUGGAUCUCUCCAAGCAUCAAUUGGUUCACGAAGGUCCAUUAUCAUGUCGUUUUAAUAGAGGCAAAAUAACAGAAUUACAUGUUGUCCUAUUGGAAACAAUGUUGGUAAUGAUGACGAGACAUAGUGAUGGAAACAAAUUAUUAUUAAAAUUUUUGGAGCCUUCUAAAGAAACUAAAUGGUCUCCUAUUCUGCCUUUAGCACCUCUCAUAGCUAAAGAGAAAGCCAAUGAUAAGAGAUCCUUCUUUCUCAUUCAUAAUAGUCAGUUUGGGGCCCAAAUUUUUGAACUUGUGGCUCCAACGGCUACGGAAAGGAAAACAUGGUUUCGUAUUUUGUCCGAGCAGAUUGAGCAAGAUAAGAAGAACAGGCUGCUCACCGGAGAUCAAUAUCUGUUCGAUUUCGGCGUUCGUACUGCUCAUAUGGAUGAUUCCGAGAAAGUUCAUGUGUUAACUCAUCCUCAGUUAGUGAAUGCUUCUGAGAUUAUUGUUCAUCAACCAACCGCUCUGGAACAUGCGGAGCCUGUUAUGACAAUCUCUGAAAAACUAAAAAGAAGUGAUGAAGUGAUCUUCCAAGCUCUUUUCUCCAAACAAAUGAUUUUAUCGCAAAUGCUUCCUGGUGAACAACGUGGUAAAGUAGAAGAGCUAGAAAAGAUAAUUGAUCAAAUGAGUGGGUUAUGUGUUGCUGACUUGAAACAAAAGAACGCCCGAGAACUGGCAAUGCUGGCUAUUGUACAUGGCAAUCGCUUAUUAGAUAGUAUUAAUAACGGUAUUAAUCAGUAUAAAAAGAGAUGCGGAGAGAACUUUGCUAGUCAACCAGACGAGCCAUCAGUUUCUUGUUCAGAGCUCACUGCCAUAGCUGCUCCACUGAUGAAUCAUUUGAAAGCUCUGAUGCAAACAGUUCAGGAUCAACAGAAAGAGAUAACAACAAUCAAACAACAGUUGCAUCAUUAUAAGGAGAUAGCAGAUAAGAGGACAAACGAUCGCUCUAUCAGUGAAGAAACUCUGAUUGAUUUUAAUCAAACGGGGUAG